UGGGAGGCUCUGCGCAAACGUCGUGCGCCUCUGCAGCUUGUUUAUUGCGCUUUGUUGUUGUAAACUUUAGGUGCUUUCACUACUUUGCACGGACUAUGUGAUUGCGAAUAUCUGAAGUGUUGCUCCUGUACAACUUAUCUUCCACACGUCUGAUUUCCUCGUUCUUUCCUCCAAACUCCCUCUCAGCGAUGUUCGGCGCGUCGAUCCAGAAUUUACGCGUCAGUAUUAACAGGCUCAAUGAGAGGAACACUGUCUCCAGCGGGGACCAGGUUGCAGGACACGUCUCCUUCGAGCUCACAAAACAAACGAAGAUCACCUCAAUUACGGUGGCGCUGUCAGGAGUGGCACAUGUCCACUGGUCCACCGGAGGAGGAGGAGGAGGAAGAAAGCGAAGGAGAUACAGAAGAGUCUACUCGGCUAAAGUGGAAUACUUCAAUUACAAAGGCGUCAUUUUGCAGGAAAACGGCGCAAACCGUGGGACAAUCAAACUGUCCCCCGGCACCCAUGUGUAUCCGUUUGCAUGUCAACUCCCACAUGGAGAUUUCCCCUCCACUUUCCACGGCCCUAAUGGGAAAAUAGUAUACACCUUGAAAGUGGACAUCUACAGACCC